AUGGCUGUGGAACAGUUUGCCGCCGCACUAGAAGCUCUCCUCCAAGCGAUGGGGUUCUCCGGCCGCCGCCAACGUCAGCUACAGCGCAGGCGACCGCAGCGGACCAGGAAGGACCUCCAGUGCUACAAUUGCCAGCCACUGGGGCAUACCGCGCGGGAGUGCACGAAUGCCGUCGCGUGCUUGAAGUGCGCGGCGGCUCACGACACCCGCUGUUGUACGAAGCCUCGUGGAGUGGCCGGCAGCUGCGCGAACUGCGGCGGGUCGCACGCCGCCAACUCGCGUAGCUGCGGCUACCUCCGCGAGACACGCCGUCUACUCGCCGCACCACGCCCUGCGGUGACGCCACGCGCCUCGACGGCCGCCCCGCCCCCACGCUUCGGCGGGGGGUGCGAGCCACGCCGCCGUGAGGCCGCCACUGAUGACGCUCUGGCCGGCUUCCAAGCCGCCUUUGCGGCCGAAAGGGCCGCACUGAAGGAGGAGCUCGCAGCUGUCCAUCGCCAGCUCCAACAGCUGCGCGAUGAGCUUCGUGUUCUCAAGAAGAAGCCGCCAGUCCCUGCCGCCGCCCCCGCUGUGAGUCGUCCGGUGGGGGUCGACGUGGCCACGCAAACAGCCGCCGCACCCCCUCCCGCAGCGCUGCGGGAGGAGGCGCCCAUGGACACUGAAGACGAGCCACCCGGCCAGCCACCCUCCAAGGUGGCAGCCGCAAGCGAGGGCGCUAAGGCGCCUCCUGAAUCCUCGCCCGCCGAGACGCCCACGCCGACGUCCGCCGCGCCCCCUCCCGCAGCAAUGCAGGAGGAGGCGCCCAUGGACACUGAAGACGUGCCACCCGGCCUGCCACCCUCCAAGGUGGCAGCCGCCAGCAAGGGCGCUCCGGCGCCUCCUGCAUCCUCGCACGCCGAGAAGCCCAUGAAGAAGAGGAGGAUUAGCCUACCAUUCCCCGACGUGCGCAACGUCCAGGUCAUCCUGAAAAACACCGCCGCCGCACUGCAGUCUGGGUCCUACCCCUAUUCCGACCAUCCUUACCCCUUCACCCCGCCGGACCAGCCGAUACCUCCCCUUCCCCAUCGACCGCUCCACCUUCGCACGUACAGAGGCCGUGACAUGUUGAUGGAAGCGAUCACAAGGAAAGAACUCGCCUUGCUCAAUUCACACCCCAUCUUCACGCCUUCUCAAUGGGACGACUUAGUGACCAUCAUCAGCCUCUGGGUGAACGAAGAGUACCGGUCUGGUAGGAGGAAGAUGGAUGCCGACACUCUGGAAGCCAAGGACGACAUAGCCCGUCAACGACGACAGUUCCAGUAA